AUGCGCUCCCAAAUCGUCUCCACCGUCCUCCGCACCGCCGCUCGCCCUUCUCUCGCCACCAGGAGUGCGCGUCCUACCGCCUUCGCUCUUCGUGCUGCCAGUGGUCACGCCCAGGAGUCCUUUGAGUCGUUCUCGGAACGCUACGUCGAGUUUUUCAAAAAUGCGGAAGACCUUUUCGAGGUCCAGCGUGGACUCAACAACUGCUUCGCCCACGAUCUCGUUCCAUCUCCCGCCGUCGUUGAGGCCGCUGUCCGCGCUGCCCGACGUGUGAACGACUACGCGACCGCUAUUCGCGUCUUUGAGGGUGUUAAGGAGAAGGUUGAAAACAAGUCGCAGUAUGAGGCUUACGUCCAGGAGCUGAAACCUUUGCGAGAGGAGCUCGGUCUCGUGUUGAAGGAGGAGUUGUACUCUUCAUAA